AUGGCUCGAAGAAGAAAGUUAAAUAUUCGAAAUCGAGCAAAUGAUAAUGAAGGAAUUCAGUCUACUUCUAAUAAUACAAACUCAACCAAUGUAGAAGGAAGUAAUGUUGCAGAAACUCGUUCUAGUCCUUGUCAUGUAGAAGGUGUCAUACAUGAGUCGGUAGAAUCUCACUCAAUUCCCUCUGAUAUAGAAGUUGAAGAAGAACAAAUUGAAAAAGAAGUAGAGCCUAAACGGGCUAGAGGUCCUACAAAAAUGUUAGAUGUAUGGGAAAUGGAAGAUGGUGAUUUAAUAAUCGUUAAUUUGGACAAAUAUGGUCGACCCAUUGGUGAGGAAGGGACAACUCUAACUCGUUUCAUUGGUAGCGUAGCUAGAAGGUAUCAAUAUGCUCCUAUCGACUACAAGUCAUGGAAAGUCAUGCCAAAUGAUUACAAAGAAGAAAUGUUGAAAUUAAUAGAGAGUAAAUUUGAGUUUGUUCCUCCAAUAAAUGACUUAACAAGAGAAAUGUUAAAAUCUGAGCUGAAUGAGAAAUGGAGGCAAUGGAAGGGUGAUCUAAAGUCAAUGGCAUAUGACCCUACUAAAACAGAAAAAGAAGUUGCAUCUCUUGUACCAGAUGAUAGGGUUGACCCAAAUCAAUAUCGUGGUUUGGUUCAUCAUUGGUUUUCUGAUGAAGGACAAGUAAGUCGUAUAUAUUAUGAGUAA